CAGUAGUAAAAAAUCAAUGUUUGGCCAGAGAGCUGGUUUGGCUAGACGCCGAAAACAGCAAUAAAUCUGGGAAUACAGGAAGCCGCAAGAGGAAGGCGUCGGUCGAAACGAAUGGAACAGGCACUUGCACCUGAUGAAGUGGAGAGACUGAAAGUAGGACGGGAGCCGCAAUAGACUGCACAACUGAAGGCCUACUUUAGGUUGAGAGAGCUGUUGCAAGCAGUGAACCUUGACUGAGCUUCCACACAGUCUUCACUCAGAACUCUUGAUGGUGACCAUGAAGAGGAGAAAAAUUGGAUAUUCGCAUUCUGGCCCAGCAGGGAAUAGACUUUCACCUGGGCUGUGCCUCGUCUUGGCUAUUUUUGUACUUGCAACGGAAGCACGUGGAGACGAUGUCCCUGUCAUCACGGAUGGAGUGGCCUCCCCCAGUUUGAGCCAUGAAUCAGCUCCUCAUCACGCGAAUGGGACGGACGAUGAUCAUCAUGGAAACAAGUCCCAUCACAGUGAAGAUGGGGGACAUGGCCAUCAUAAUAAGGGCCUGACGGUGGCGGACUUGAACUACCACGAAGUGCGAGAUCCUCUCGUCCUCACCAUUGUUGUGCUGGUGGCUGCGCUCAGUAAAAUUGGGUAUCACCAUGCCAACUUUCUGUCCAGCAAAAUUCCGGAGUCAUGCAUUCUUAUCAUCCUUGGAACAGCGUUUGGUGCCCUCGUGCACUUUUCUGGGAUCGCCGAUGACCUGCCGAAAUUUUUCCAGCCUCAUGAGUUCUUUAUGUUUCUAUUGCCUCCGGUACAAUUCUGGCUUGCAUCAUGCUAGGAGGGACCCUGUUUGGUCUGGCUAAAGCCGGUGCGAUGGGAGACAUUGUGGAUCUGAGCUUUACAGAGAUCAUGGUCUUCUCUUCUCUCAUUGUGGCUGUGGAUCCAGUGGCGGUGCUUGCUGUCUUCAAUGAGAUUGGUGUCAACCAUGUGCUGUAUUUCCUUGUGUUUGGAGAGUCGCUGUUGAACGACGGUGUUACAGUUGUGUUGUACAAAGUGUUCCAAGCAUACAACGUUAUGGAUGAAAUAAACGGAAUACAUUACUUUCUGGGAAUAUUGAAGUUCUUCGUGGUGUGUAUCGGUGGCCUGGCCCUAGGAGUGCUGUCCGGGCUUCUCACGGCUGUGAUGACCAAGUACUCCACUCAUGUCAAAGUGGCUCAACCCAUCAUUGUCUUCACUAUGGUAUAUUUUGGAUUUUUGAUGGCUGAGCUGUUUGGAUUUUCAGGAAUUAUUAGUAUCAUUGGCUGUGGGCUAACACAGGUGCACUAUGCCUUUGCCAAUAUCAGCUCCAAGUCUCGCACCACCAUAAAGUAUUUCACGAAAGUGAUCAGCUCCUGCAAUGAGAUCAUCAUCUUCCUGUUCCUGGGACUGUCUAUGGUGAACGACACCCACGUCUGGCACACCGGCUUCACACUGUGGACCAUAUUCUUCUGCCUGGCCUUCCGAUUCGUCAUUAUCUUUGCAAUGUCUUCACUGAUCAACUGGCUAGAUGUUUAUCGAGUUCGGAAAAUUGGCUUUCAGGAGCAGUACAUGAUUGCCUACGGAGGUCUCCGCGGUGCCGUCUGCUUCUCCCUGGUGGCGCUGCUGGACCCGAAAGACAUACCGGCCAAGAACAUGUUUGUGACCACCACCCUGGCAGUCAUCAUCUUCACAGUCUUUGUACAGGUGAAUGACCAUCUCAUGGCUGGUGUAGAGGAUAUCAUCGGAGACCAUGGGCGAUACCAUCUCAGGAGAGCAUUACAAGUACCUGAAGCUCAGUGGGGCCAAGAGUGUUGGAGAAAUUCCGGAAUUAAAAUAUCCCCAUAUAAGUAAAAUAUUUGGGCCUCAUGUGAACACGGAGAUGUUCCUGUCAAGUCUGGAUAAAUGUGACCCCGAUGAACCGGCGCUAGUGAAAACUCCAACUAUCAUAGAGCCGUCGACGCCUGCCAGUGUACCUCCAGUAGAUAUUGAGACUGGUGGAGUUGAACUUCGGCGCCGAGGUCGAGGGUCAAGGUCUGUGUCCUUUGCCCCUCCUUCGGGGCUGAUUGAUGUCCACGGUCUGAGGGGCCUGCUCAAAUCUCAUCGUCACAGCCGAAUGAUGUUGUCAAAGUAUGACAAAAACUUGACGGAUCACGAAGGAAACGUGGUGCAGACGGAAAUACGAAAGAAGAGCCACCGCAACAACAGGCUGCUGCGUCUGUUCAGCGAAGACGGCGCCUCGCCAGGCACCGAAAGACGAAAGUCGUGGUCGGAGCAGGACUGCCAGCUGGCGGAGCAGCGA